AUGCCCGCCCUUGACAUCGUAGACCUCGUCCAUCGUGUCAAAAAUUCUAGUGCUCACGCCGACGGAGACACCACUCAUGAAGUUCAUCACCACGACUUUGAGAAUGCUGAAGUAAAGCAACAUACUCCAGGCGACAAUGACCACGCUUCCAGUUCCGCUGCCGUCCCCCAGACGCCCCCCAAACUGACCAAGUUGGACUUGACAAAUAACCGUAGCCCCGUUGCUCAUUUCAGGUCUCUUCCGUCAACACCUUCCAUGAGAACAGGCCCACCGCGGUCUCUAUCAUACGUCUAUUCUCAUCCAACGUCUCCGUCUAAUUCAAGGAGCAAUAGCAAGCACGAACCAGAUGGGCCUUUCCGAGGGCUUUCCACCGCAGAAGAUGGCGAUACACCACAAUCCCAAUUCCGUGGAGCACUUGAGGUGGGCGGCUCUAUGUCAAGUGAUAAGAAAGGGAAGAAGAGGGAAAGUCGAUUUAUAGAAGAGUCAUGGAAUCCUAUGAAAUGGUUUCACGACUCACCGACAGCAGAAAAGCCCGGGAUGGACUUUGGUGGAGAAGAGAAGGGGAAUAAUGACAUUCUCGGAGACAAGCCAGGCCUCUCGCGCGCUCAGUCUGCCCCCCAGUCUCCCGCCGAAGACACACCGAAGACGCCGAGAGCCAGAUGGGGUCGAUUACGCUCUCUCAUACCUCAAGUCGCUACCCAAGGCACUUCACUGCAGGGUCCAGCGUCCGUUGUGACUCAGUCAGUUAACAUCACAGACGAGCUCAUAACAGGCGGUUUGUCUACACUCAUGCUUCGUUUAUGGUUUGAACGCGACGAGAAAGGAAACCGCAGAAUCCCUAUGUUGCUACACCGAUUGCGUAUUCGGGUCAGCGACAGCCUUCACCCUCUCAAGGGACAUAAAUCCGUUUUCCGGAUUGAAUGUGAAUACGCGAAUGGCGCCGUACGAUGGGUUGUCUACCGCCAGUUGCGAGAUUUUGUGUCGCUACACGCUCAUUAUACCAUUUCGAACACGUACAAUCGCAACGUUCAAGACAUGCCAGAAUUUCCCAAAACCAGUUUGCCCUAUUUCAAGUGGCUCGUGAAAGAAGGUCGUGAAAAGGGAGCAGAAGUCGGACAUGCUGACUUUGCUCGACUUCAGCGAGAGGCGUUAGAGAACUACCUCCUCGAUCUUAUACGCGUGGUGAUGUUCCAUCCAACAGCGAACAGGCUCGCAGGCUUCCUCGAAGUCAGCGCGUUAUCAAUAACGUUGGCGCAAACGGGAGGCAAUCAGUUCAAGGCGGGUUACCUUCAGAUUGAAGCCACUGAUAGUAAAGGUGGUGGUUUUGGGCGAAAAGGCUUGAGCUGGAAGGCGAAGCGGGAAGCAAGGUGGUGUGCAGUACGCGAAAGUUAUCUCGUUGUAUUAGAGGAACCUGGAGAACUAGAAGUCUGGGAUGUCUUCCUUUUGGAUUCCGACUUCGCAAUAGAACGACCACGACGCUACUACAGACAGGGCCUCCACCUGCUCUACUCCGAAAACGAAGAGGAAGAAAAAGUGGACACGGAUAGCAAGGGUAAACAUCUUGCCGUCCACCCCGAGGCAGAACAUCUGUCUUUAAUGGGAAGUAUAAAGGGACGCCUUUCGAAAGCACUCCAUCGUAACCAUUCUCGGGCACGAACUACUAUGGACGGUGAUGCAGACUCGGACGAUUCAGGGUCCACUCAUUCGUCGAUAUCAUCUCGCCCUGCUACCCCCAUGCUCGAUCCAUCCACCAAUGUGAACCCACUAGAACAUAAUCAGAUCAACGAAGGCGACGAGAUGGGUAAAGAGCGUCCGUGGUCACAGAAGAAGAAGAAGGCUCAUUCGAACCAGGUCUCGAAACAUACAUUUUUCAUAACAAAUUCGCAGAUGCGACUGAAGCUCUACGCUAAGAAUGAGAGGCAAAUGCUUCAAUGGAUCACUGCUUUAGAGAAAGCUGCUGCCAGUUCGCACUACACUGGAAGCAAUCGUUUUGACAGUUUUGCCCCUAUUCGGCUUAACGUUGCUGCACAAUGGCUUGUCGAUGGGAGAGAUUAUUUCUGGAACUUAUCUCGCGCCAUCUUGCUGGCUAAAGAAACGAUCUAUAUUCAUGAUUGGUGGCUGUCACCGGAACUCCUAAUGCGUCGUCCGGGAAAAGACCACUAUCGUGUCGACAAUCUCCUUGAACGAAAGGCGAAGGAAGGUGUCAAAAUCUACAUCAUUGUCUACCAGGAAGUCUCCAGUCGAACGACACCUACCAACAGCAACUAUACGAAACAACGCAUGACUAGUCUUCACCCUAACAUUAUGGUCCAACGGUCUCCUUCGCACUUCCAAACUGGAACUUUCUAUUGGGCUCAUCACGAAAAGCUCUGCGUGAUAGAUCAGGCCAUAGCGUUCAUGGGUGGGCUCGAUCUAUGUUUUGGAAGGUGGGACACACCGCAGCACGUCCUCAUUGACGAUCAUGACGAAGCGGAACGUCAAAUUUGGCCUGGCAAGGACUAUAGCAACCCUAGGGUGUCUGAUUUCUACACAUUGAACAAGCCGGAUGAAGAUAUGUACGAUCGGACCAAAGUCCCGCGCAUGCCGUGGCAUGAUGUUGCCAUGCAAAUUGUUGGCCAGCCAGCCAGAGACCUCGCCCGCCAUUUUGUACAGAGGUGGAACUAUUUGCUGCGAAUUAAAAAACACACACGAGUGAUGCCGUUCCUUCUGCCUCCACCAGAAUUUAAGCCUGGUGAAUUAACGCAAAUGGGACUCACUGGGACUUGUGAGAUGCAGAUAUGUCGCUCUGCGGGGCCCUGGUCACUGGGAACACCCGGGCGAAUCGAGCAUUCGAUUCAGAACGCGUAUUUGAAAGCUAUUCAGAUGUCGGAGCAUUUUGUGUAUAUCGAGAACCAGUUUUUCAUCACAUCAACGGUGGUCAGUGACGUUAAAAUCGAGAACAACAUAGGGGAUGCUCUUGUUCACAGAAUUAUACGCGCUCACCAUGAUAAAGCGCCUUGGAAAUGUUGUAUCGUCAUCCCUUUGCUUCCCGGAUUCUCGUUCCCUGUUGAUUCCAGUGACGCUAGUGCGAUUCGCAUCAUCCUUGAAUGCCAAAAUCGCACCAUCACUCGAGGACCAUGUUCGAUAUUUUCGAGGCUUAGAAAGGAGGGAAUCGAUCCCGACGAUUAUAUCAGUGUUUUCUGCCUACGAAAUUGGGGCAAAUUAUGCGGAGACAUUCUGACAACCGAGCAGAUUUAUAUCCAUGGAAAAGUAUGCAUCGUAGACGACCGCCUGGCAAUUAUUGGAAGUGCAAACAUCAAUGAACGCUCACAACGUGGUGACCGAGAUUCCGAGAUUGCGGCCGUCAUCAGAGACACCGACAUGAUUGAUGGCAUGAUGGGAGGAAAGCCUUUCAAAGUCGGCCGAUUUGCUCAUACUUUGAGAAUUCGCCUCAUGCGAGAGCACUUGGGCAUCGAUGUGGAUGCAAUGUACGAAGAGGAUCUUAUGGUCAACGAGCCAGUAGAAGACGGGCUUGAGCAGGAGACAUGGGAUCCUGAUACCGAACAGCAAUACGGCAAAGAGAGCGGCGUUACGAAGAUUAAAAAAUCUCAACAGAAAACCCCCGUUCGCAAUAUCCUCGACUCUGUUAAGGACACAGCACAGCAAAUUGUCCACGCCUCUGGGGAAGCCGGCUCCGCCGAGAAGCACGAAAUGGCCCAUAAAUUGGGUCUUUCCGGAGAUACAAGUAAAGCAGCCGGAGAAACACUCGAGGAGGAACGAACUACAUUCACUCGCGACGGACAGAAGGAACCCGGGUUUGCUAGCUCGAUGGUGCCAACACUUGAGGAGAAGACGAUUGCAGAACACAGGCCCCCCACGGAGCAAACGGAAUCUAACGAUGCAGCGGCGGCUCACCUUAUGAAUGGUGAUGCUUACAAGGAUAAUAAUGGGGGAAAUGCAGGCGUCAAAGGGGCACUCUAUGGUGCACCCGCAAAUGCCUCUAAGUCGCCCCGAACUGAUGAUGAACCACCCCACGCCUCAUCGGGAAUCGACGACGCGAGUGAACAGGAACGCGCAGCUGUCGGUGCUCGAGAGCUGUUGCGGAAACAUCUGACGAGCAAGAUGGGCAAUAAGACAUGGACAAUCCCUACCCCUAGACCCCAUGUGGACCCGAAAGGGUUUGAAGAUCCAGUGUCUGAAGCUUUCUGGAAGAACGUCUGGGUGGCUUCCGCUGCCUACAAUACGGAGAUAUACCGGAAAGUGUUCCAUGCUAUUCCUGAUGAUCUGGUCACAACUUGGAAGCAGUACAAGGAGUUUGUAGUGCAUCACGAACGCAUGAACAAGCCGCCUCGCGAUUCUGCGACUCCGGAAGCUGUGGCCCGAGUACCGUCGGAAACAGGGGACGAAGGUGCUCCAGGCGAAGAUGAUAAAGUUGAAUCUGGGGAACGUGGGGGAGACCUGGAAGGCGAGCGCAAGGGCGAGGAGGGUCCGCCAUCGGAAAAGGAGAAGGAGACCAAGGCUCGCCGUCCUUCCAAAGGUAUUGAGCCGUUCGAGAAAUGGGAGCGGGAUGAGAUGGAGAAACUUUUGCAGGAUCUCAACGGACAUCUAGUCCUAUAUCCCACACGGUUUUUGGAAGGUGAAGAUAUCGGAGAUAACUUUUUGUUCAAUGCAGACAGGUUACUGCCUCUCCCCAUCUACGACUGA